UCACCCACCCUCCAGAUUGACAGUUAAGUGCGCGCGCGUCGCUUCCUCGGCUAACUUUACGGAGCUACCGGAUUUUUACCGUCGCUUCCGGAUCUUAUCAGAUUCCUGAAAGCUUGUCGCUCUCUGGAUGUAAUACCUGAGGAGAUGAGAAUAUAGGAGGGUCCGUGAGCGCAGUGAAAAAGGCCAGAGUAAAGGGGUUGAAGGGGUUUUGUUGUGUUCAUGGCUGCUGGAGACGGGGCGCAGCUGCCGGCGACACUAGCGGCCAGCAGGAGCGUAGAGAAGGCGCUCGAGGAGGCGGCGGCCAGCGGAGCGCUCGUGCUCUCUAACCGUAAACUUAAGGAGUUUCCACGAACAGCCAGGAAUUACGAUUUAUCCGACAUUACACAUGCAGAUCUCUCAAAGAACCGGCUGUGUGAGGUGCCAGAGGAGUUGUGCCAGUUCAUCUCUCUGGAGACGCUCAGCAUCUAUCACAACUGUGUGCGCUCCGUCCCCUCCACCCUCUGCCAGCUACAGGCUCUCACCUACCUCAACCUCAGUCGAAACCAGCUGUCCAGUUUGUCUCUGUCAAUAUGUGAGCUCCCGCUGUUACGAGUGCUCAACAUCAGCAACAACAAGCUACCAGUCCUUCCUGCUUCCAUACACAGACUUGUAAAUCUCCGGCAACUGGAUGUUAGCUGUAAUGAGCUGCAGUGUUUGCCGGUGGAACUGGGUCAGCUGGAGGGUUUACGGGAUCUGAACUUGAGAAGAAAUCAGCUUACGACUCUGCCAGAGGAACUGGCAGAGUUGCCGUUAGUUCGUCUGGAUGUGUCCUGUAACAGAAUUUCCCACGUUCCCGUGUGCUAUCGACACUUACGGCAUCUUCAGGUCAUCUCACUGGAUAACAACCCUCUGCAGAUGCCCCCAGCGCAGAUCUGCUCCAAAGGGAAGUUCCACAUUUUCAAGUAUCUAAACAUGGAGGCAUGUAAAAGGAGCCAGGACCAGCUGGAGAGAGCUCUGCGGCCCAGCGGCUUCAGCAGCUGUCUUUCAGAUCAUGAGCUUUUUGCUGGUCAGUAUGGAGGCCUGGACUCAGGCUUCAACAGUGUAGACAGUGGCAGCAAGAGAUGGUCUGGAAAUGAGUCGGCUGAUGAUUUUUCAGACAGAUCUUUGCGAUUAACUGAAAUUUGCCGUGAGCUGCACAGGGAAGAAGACGAGAAGAACAUGUUGCCGGAUACACCCAAAGUGAACGGAGACGUGGAGCAGGUGGAUUUCAUAGACAACAGUUUGACAGAAGAAGAUGAGGAAAGCUGCAAACCAGACACUCCCAGUCCUCCGCAGGCAUCACUUGUACAGGAGAAGACUGAAAGCAAGUCCACGCCCUCACAGAGCCCUGAUUCACUUGGAAGCAGGAGGAGUGUUGGCAGUGACUCGGCCGAUGCAGGCUCUCCGUCCAGUCCCACGCUAGAGGAGAAGAAGAGGCCUGGCACUCUGCAGCUCUGGCAGGAGAGGGAGCGUGCGCAGCAGCAACAGCGAGAGCGUUUGCAGAAGACAGCAGUGAAAACAGGAAGUCAGUCAGCAGCAACAGCCAAACAGGCAGGAACAGGAAGCGUCUCGUGUGGUGACUCUACAGACUCCAGUGCUGCUGUUAACGGCCUCCGCCAAAGAUCAGUGACCGUGGAUCAGAGUCCUCCAGUAUUCCUGCCACGAUCAACAAGCCGUACAGAUGCGCCCUGUUCUACUAAGCCGUGUUCUCCGACUGGCGCUGCUCCCAAACCCAACAGCUUCCUCUUCCGCACCUCUUCACGCUGCAAUGUCAAGACUUCAGGACCCUUGAAUUCUCUGGCUGAGUCAGGUCGCAGUGAGUCCCGAUCCACGCUCAAAUCGCCACGAGAGGAAAGAGCAGAAAUCUCCCAGUUACGUAAGUCUCUGGAGUCUUCCCUGAAGAUCACCCUCCCAGACGAUCUCGGUGAAUCGUUAUCCAACGGCAUCAUCCUCUGCCAGCUAGCCAAUCACGUACGCACUCGGUCGGUGUCAAUCAUCCACAUCCCCUCCCCUGCUGUGCCAAAACUGAGCGCCGCUAAGUGCCGUCUCAACGUGGAAAACUUCCUCACUGCCUGCCGAAAGCUGGGCGUUCCUGAGACGGAGGUGUGUCUAGCGUCUGAUAUCCUCUGCAGUAAGCUGCGUGCAGUGCAGCGCUGUGUGGAUUCACUCUUGUCGAUAGGAGGAGCGGAGUUGAAGGAGGAGAUGAAAGCACAUACUCCCUCUCUCUCUCCCUUCUCCCUCGUCCCCACCGGCUUCCUGCUCUUCUACUGCCUUGUCAUGGGCCUGCUCUACCUGCUCUACCACCACCUUACUGCAUAAAGCGCAUAUGUGUGUGUGUUUACAUGAGAGCAUGUGUCUGAUCUAAUCAAUGUGUGCGCUUCCAUAUAAUUAAUAAGGCUUAGCAGCAGUGUACUUCCAUGCUACGGCACUCGAUGCAUACGCUGCCUAGAUGGAGAUAAGCUCCGUAAGUAGAGCUAGUCGCACUGCCACCCAGACAGCCAGGCAACUACACGCGCACACACACACACACACACACACACACACACACACACACUUAUACACUACAUUGUUCUGUUACAUUCUGUAAGCUGCAGUGAAUAGAUGCAGAACUAAUACAGUGGUGUUUUUAUGCUGUAUCUGUUUUAAGCAGAAAUGUAUAGAAAAAAAUUCUUAAUAUUGCUACAAGUUUAUGGACAGAGAGACCUUGUGGGAUUGCAGUCUUUUUUUUUUUUUUUUUUUUUUUAUUCUGAAUGACAAAAGCAUUUUAUGUAUAAGCUGCCCAGACAAAAACAUUAGCCUCAUCUGUCAUUUUUUUUUUAUAUUACUUGGCUACGACUCAUUUCACCUUCAUAACAGCGCCAGUCCUGUUAGGUGUGGAAGCCAGCAGAACCUUCUGUCAGUGUUAGACCCCCCUGCACUUACUGGGUACAACUCAGCUAGACUUUUUUUUUAGACUAUGUUAAUAUUUUACCUGCUGUUCCAAACAGUCCCAAAAGUGUUCAUGCGUUCUCUGAGACACAUAAAGUCAGCUGCUGUAUUUUUUUUGAACUGCUGCUCAUGCUAUAACACGAUGCAGCUGAACACAUCAGACGAAAGAUUGGCCAGUGUCGCUCUUGAUUGACAGCCUUUAGAGACACACCAUCCCACCCACCUAGACACCAGGUUAGGACAGGUUACUCUCUGGUACUCUUGGGUGUGGAUGGUUGUGGCAUCACUGGGAUUUUAAUUUGUAACUCGCUUCUUUGUGAACCUAUUGCCAGAUGUGCUGUGCAGAGAUCCCUACAUCCAAGGUUUAGCUCUAGCAUAUAAGAUUUUUGACCGUGUGUUAAAGCAGUGGCCUGACAAAAUGUGAGCAAAAAUGCAAAUCCGCUAAACAGGAAAGUAGGCUUUUACUGCACAUUUACUUCAUCUCGGUAGUGUGAGCUAAAAGAAACAGCAAAAAAGAGCAGACAAGUUAUUCUUUCCUGUCAGUAGUGAAACUUUAUCGCUUACAUGCUGCAAUCACGAACACAUCGUAUGUGACGUGACAUAUGUUAGGAACUUUUGUGGAAAAAUUCCAAUUUUUUUCUCUCUGCCUGCUAAGAUUUUCUUGUUAGCAUUGUUGGCUCCUGCGUCUAAGGGAUUGAGGAGAUUUUUGUGUGCGAUAACAUGUUUGUUGAUUUGUUCCAGUGAGUGUCAGACUUGGGUUCUGCUUAAACCUGAAGCACCAAGCCCACUGAAUCUGGCCAGCAAACUGACCAUGAUUUAAAGAUGAGUUACCUUCGUCUUUGUGCUGCUAUUGAUGGAUGAGGGUUUUUUUUUUUCGUCUGGGGAGCUUAUUAAAACCCUUAACUCUAUGCUGCCCAUCACAGCAAGAUGAUCUUAAUCAGAACGAGUCUGUUUUAAAAGUGGUAUUUAUCUGUUCUUAGUAACCACUUCCCAAAGGGCUUCGCCACCGCUUUGCCUUAGCUUACACAUGGGAUUGAGCUUUGAGGAUGCUGUAGGGUUUGUGUGUGUCCUUUUGGGGAAGAGAGUGUUUUAUAACGGUUUAUUUAGCCACCGGCACAAAAUGUAAAAUCCGCUCACAUCUUGUUCAAAGGGCUUUAAAUUUUUAACCACUUUGUCUCAGUGCUUGCAAAUGUAAGUGCCUGCAAUGUCUUGACUGAAGCUACUGUUACAAACGCCACCGUGUCUGUUCCAGUCUCAGGGGCUUUAAUGAGUAUUAAAGCUCCUGUUCCCAUUUGUUCAGAGAAAUUCAAUCCAGAGAUUUCUUACAAAUACUGAGGUUUGAGGGACUGGAACGAAAUGCAUGUUGUUUGUUUUUGUUUUGUUCUGCUGACUGUGACCACCAGGGGGCAGUAGUAUUGCACACCUGCACUCAAUGAUAUGUCUUAUGGUACCGAAGUAAUGUUUCAGAGUUCUGAUGUUGUAUGUAUGUGUACUGUUUUGGUCUGCUUGCUAUGUAUAAUUAAGUUAUUGUUUAUUUAUUCAUGCAUUCCUUUGUCAAGCAGUAGUGUUGGGGAAACGCGGCCUCGUUGAGCAAUCCUUAUCCGGUCUCUCAUGUAAUAUGUAAUUUAACACAGAGUAUUUACUAGUCUGGAAAUACUGAGCUCCAUGUCAAAUGCAUCAGUUAAAAUCAGUUCCUGUCAUUUGUGUGUUUGUAUGUAUGUAUGUAAGUAUGUGUGUGUGUGUGUGUGUGUGUGUGUGUGUGUGUGUGUGUGUGUGUGUGUGUGUGUGUGCAUAUAUAUAUAAACACACAAACAAAAACAGUGAGCGUUAACGGACGCUGGAAAUUCUUCUCAGUGGAACAUCCCAUUAAAAGCAUCUUAAGCUUCAUUUUAAAUGCCUCGGUAAUGUUGGUUUUAGGCCCAUGAGUACCCAUGUUUCCUCAGUACUGUCUGCUGCUGUUGCUUUUGUGUUCCCUGCAUACUUAAUGUGAUUUAGCAGCUUUGCAGACAGUUGACUAACGAGCAGACGCUCAUCUGGAGAGAGUGAUAAGGGCACAUGGGAGAGAAUGGAGUGAAAGAGAAGGAGGAGAGGAGAAGCACAAGGGUGGGCUGAUAGUAUAGAAAAUGUGAGGGGAGAAAUAAAAUAAAGAAUGUUCAGCAAAUGGGUUCAUUUUCACUUAUCCAAUUUGUCGAAUUCUUCCCACUGAUGCCUUGUAACAUCUUCAUACAUUUAAAGUGAGCUUUUUUUUUUUUAACUCAAACCUACAGUACGCAUGGAUUCUCAAAGUUCCCUAAAACUAAAAUCAUUAUUUUUAGCACAUUUUCAGUCCACACAAAUGAAAUUGCCUGAAGGGCUUGCUGUAACCAAAAGCCAUGUUGCUUAUUCAGAGCAGGGAUGUUGAAGAUCUACCCACAAAUGCUGUCCUCUUCGUUUUUCUUUCUUUUUUUUUUUUCCCAACCACUUUCAGUUUUUUGUUGGAGCAAGAUCUGCAAUAAUGUUUCAACCAAAAUGUCUCUUAGGGUGAAGCGAGUUACGAAAGCACCAAACUCACUGGAGUUGAAUUUUGAACUUUUAAAGAAAUUGUUAAGAAGCGAGAUGUAUUUUGUAAUAUUUAUAUCCCUCAUGUAUUUAAGGAGGUCAAUUGUAAGUUUAUAUAGAUUCAGAUUCUUUUUUUUUUUUGGCUGUAAUUAUUAAAGAAGAAAAAAACAGAUCCUAUUAUCUGUGCUGCUUCUUUGUCUGUUUUCUCGUAUGUUGUCUUUUGUGUUUUUGUUUUUCUUUCUCAAGCCAAUCAUCUUCCCUCAGGUGUCUGUUGAUAGCUUUUAAGUCUCUUGCCAUUGUGUUUGCUUACUAUCAAGGUAAGUGUGAAAUCUGUCCUUACUGUGAGGUGAAGGAAAUAAUGGAUUGUGCAUGAGCGAGUAUAAAUAUAUAAAUAUUCAGCAUCUAAGGUUACACUGAUUGGGAAAACAGCACUGUUGUUUGUUUCUUGCUGCUGCAAAAAAAAAAAAUGCAUGGCUGUUAAAGCUUGUGGGGAAAGCUUACUUGUGGAAGUUUAAAUGGGAGAGUGUGAAGUAUUGGGUAGUGUACAUGCUGGUACUGCUGCUUUCUGUGUCCUUUCUGCACAAAACCUGUGACCUGAUUAAAGUGUCUUUCAGUUCCAGUCCUGCACUACUGUGUCCUGUAGAGCUCUCCGGCUAUCCAUAAAGCACCGCCUGAACUCAAUCUGGUGUGUGUGAGCCGUAGGGGAGAAUGCUGAUGGGGGAGGGAAGGGGAAUUAAAAAAAAAAAAAACUCAAACUCUGAAGUGUAAGUCUCUCAGGACUGGAGCUGAGAAACAAAGAAUAUGAAAUACAAAUCCUCAUCUAUUGUGGUGUUGUCUGAACUAAUCUGUAUGCGCAUGUUUAGUCUUGGUGUUUCAUGACAAGUUUUCCACAUGCUUAUUUCUAACCUGUUUGAACUGUCCUCCAAACCCCACUAGGACUCUCUGUGUCCAGCUCAGCUCAUCCUAGAAGACGAAGGACUGAGCCGCAUCGCUCACACCGUCCAGACUCUGCUGGAGCUGCCCAUGUCCGGACACCGGCGCUGCUCCUUUCAAACACCUGCGCAAGACUCCAACAU